CUACCAUCAUAUCACAAUUGGCACCUCCGGUCCUCCAUCUUUCAUGCAUGCAAUGUGUAUUUGGGGGUACCAGUCUUAUCAACACCAACUGUAUUAACCACCACCUGUCUAUAACGGAAGGCUCCCUGGACAAUUUGGAGAUUAGCUGUACUCACUACGUACUUGUGCAGAUGAUCCGUGCAUAGAACUAUCUGAUUCAGGGUUUUCCUGUCUUUAUAGGCUUCUGUAUUAAGAGAUCUAAAGCAUCUUAAUUUCUGAUGAUCUUCAAACCCAGAAAUCCGAUACAUGCAUUCAGAAUCUUAUCUUUGUAGCUCUAGGUAUAUGGCACCCCCAAAUCUUCAUGCUCUUGGAGUUUUGCCCAACUCUUCCAACGGCCUUGGUCACUCACCCGGCUCCAUUCGACGAGCUCUUUUGCACCAACGACAAGAACAAAGGGUUCACAAGGUCUCGGAGGCAUCUCUAAGGAUGUUGGACGCGUAUGGCACUGCUCAAGAUGUUCUCUUACUCGUCAAAAAACAACUCAAAGAUCUUCAAUUUACGUUAAGUCGGGGGUGCAUUGGUGAGCCGGAAAUUGGCAACAGGAUUGCAGCUUAUAAUCUCGGUAGAAAGACGUUGAAGAUAGAAACAUUGAAUCGCUUGAAUUCUUUAAAAGGCAUGAAGAUAAAAGGUAUGAGGAACAAGUGCAUUAAUCUGCACCUCUCAUCAAUAGAUGACAACCUUAAAGGAGUUGUGAAUGUGCUGAAGGAAGUGAGAAUGACUGCUAUUUCUAUAAUGGAGGUACUGUUGUCCCUCAUUUCCAUAUCGUGGCUAGAUCACAAAUCGGCUAAAUGCUCGUUUGCUUCGAGGCUUGUUCGCCUUAAUGGACAUAGACUGAACAAUAUUUGCGAUUUGAUGGCGCUCCAGGAUACGAAUAAAAGACUGGAGGCCGUGGAGAUUGCCAUUGAAGAUCUUGAAGCGGAGUUGGAGUGCAUGUUUAGGCGUUUGAUUCAGACAAGAGUUUCACUCCUCAACAUUCUAACAAACUAGCUAGCUGAAUGGAUGCAUGCAUGCAACACUACUGGAAAUCCCAUCUGAUCUCUUCAUGUGUCAGUGGACAUGCAAAGACAAUCGACCAAAGACAACCUUAGAGGCUAUUAAACUGUGAUCUGCUUCCGCAAAAGUUCAAAUUUUGCGCACGUUCAUUUUUGCAUAUAUCGUCCUGUGAUCGCUCACAGCCUAAAUAAAUCUUUGCAGGUAUCCGGGCAGUUUAUAACCAUUUAUAUUUUAUUGGGCUUAUAUCUGACGAGUGAUGAAGACAAGGGAAGGCGACAUUUUGUUUACCAUGCGUAAUCAGCUUUUGAUUUAUUAUGGUCAUCAGAGAGGUCAUGAUUGUCCCACGUAUGUGGAUGCCUCGUGAGGUAGCUUGUUUCAAUAUUCAAACGGUUGUUUCAAUACCUAAUUUAUUUCCUGUAUAAAAAAUGCUUGUUUGG